GAUCACGUGACAUCUGCGUCUUCCGUGUUGUUUCGAAAUGCCUCAGACUGCGUUCACUAACUCGUGAUAAUGUGAAUAUAAAAAUAAUUAUUUAAUUUCAACGGAAACAUAUUGAAGUUAAUAAUAUCGCGGCGGAAAAGAAGAAUUUAUACAUUCAUAUCUUUUUCCGGAGAAUUUGGGACCGGUGUCAGGUAACAGGAGCUGGUAUACAAAUGCGGCUAAAAGAUCCCUUCUCCUUAAAAGCGGCUGAGAUGACGAAGCGGUCCAACAAGCCGAAGAAACCUCGUGAGGAGGAGUCCUCAGACGAGGUUAGCGGACUGACGUGUCAGCAUGUGAGUAAAGCGGUGGAGUUGAACUCAGUGAAGAAAGCGGUGACGGGAAGUUUGUGGUCCGUUUGCUCCGACUGCAUGAAGGAGAGAGAUGUGUUCGAGUCGGAGCAGGGCGGAGCUCACGACAUCCUGGUGUGUCUCAAGUGUGGCUUCCAGGGAUGCGGUCAGUCAGAGAGGCAGCACUCAGUGAAACACCAGCAGGCUCAACACUCAGACUCUCACUGCAUCUGCAUCAGCCUCAGCACCUGGAAGGCCUGGUGUUUUGAGUGUAAUGAGGAACUCUCCACACACUGCAAUAAGAAAGCUCUGGCUCAAACACUUGACUUCCUGCAGAAACACUCGGCCAAGUCAGCGUCAGGAUCAACGUCAAAAAUAAUUAAACUGAUCGAGGAGCCUGUGGAAUAUUCGGAGCCGGUGAGAGGGAAGAGUCCGGUGAACAGCACUUUAAUUCCUGUUAAAGGAAUCGUAAAUCUUGGAAACACGUGCUUCUUCAAUGCUGUCAUGCAGAAUCUGUCUCAGACCCACAUGCUUAAUGACCUCAUACAGGAAGUGAAGGAGAAAGGACACAAGAUGAAGAUCUGCCCCCCUCCUGAAACCAACUUGGGCCCGCUGAUUGUGACUCUGGCUGGUCCGGAGCCGCUUACAUCCGCCAUGAUGAUGUUCCUGUACAGUAUGAAGGAGGCGGGGAAAGGACCUGUAUCUCCCAAAAUCCUUUUCACUCAGCUCUGUCAGAAGGCACCUCGUUUUAAAGGUUAUCAGCAGCAGGACAGUCAGGAGCUCCUACACUACCUGUUGGACUCGGUCAGGAUGGAGGAGAACAAGCGAAUCAAAGCGGCCAUCCUGAAAGCGUUUAAUAAUCCCACUGAGAAAACAGCUGAUGAGGAAACCAAACGCCAAGUCAAAGCAUAUGGUAAAGAGGGAGUGAAGAUGAACUUUGUUGAUCGCAUCUUUGUUGGCGAGUUGACGAACACCAUUAUGUGUGAAGAGUGUGAACAUAUUUCGACAGUGAAGGAGGCUUUUAUCGACAUCUCUCUGCCCAUCAUCGAGGAGAGAAUCUCCAAACCCUCAAACCCGGGCCGGCUGAGUAAACUGGGCCGAGACCAGGAGUCCCUGAGCGGCCACGCCGACGAGCCGUCUCAUUCACACGCCGCCCGCAACGGGAAGAAGCCGAGCGCCCCGAAGCUGCAGGGCCGAAGGUCAUCCACUUGUCAUGACACCAGAGGAACAGAUGAAUCAGCAUCCAGCCUACGAGAAGACGCUGCAUGUUUGAGUGGGCACCGUUGCCAUGGUGACACAGCAGGCAGCCAAUCAGAUGCCAGUGAUAAAGACUCGUCCCCUCAGGACAGCAGCAACGACGCGGACAGCGAGGCGUCAGAGUCUGAGUGCUCGCUGCGAAUCUCCAGUUCCUCCCAUAAAGCUUCAUCUUCUUCCACCUGCAUGAACCCCGCCCCAUCUGCACCGAGCCCCACCCCUUUUGUCCGGGAGCAGACAGGAAGUGCAGUCGAACAGCUAGUGAGUGCAGUUUCUAAAUUAGGGUUAAUGCACACGCCGCUAGAUGGUCUUUCACUCAGCCAUGGAAUGGAGGAGAGAGACAGAGAGCGAGAGAGAGACAGGGAGCGAGAGCACCAGGGGGCGUUCCAGGCACUGUCACACAGCUACACACCUGCGUCUAAAGAGUGUUCAGUGCAGUCCUGCCUCCAUCAGUUCACCUCCAUCGAGCUGCUGAUGGGAAACAACAAGCUGCUGUGUGAGAACUGUACAGAGAGACGUCACAAACAGCACAGGAGGAGUGCAGAUAAGAAAGUAGAGAAGGUGUACACGAGCGCCCGCAAGCAGAUGCUGAUCUCAGAGCUGCCACCAGUCGUCACACUGCAUCUUAAACGCUUCCACCAGGCUGGGAUGAAUUUACGGAAGGUGAACCGGCAUGUUGAUUUCCCGCUCAUUCUGGAUUUAGCUCCAUUCUGCUCCGCCUCCUGCAAGAACCUGGGUUCUGGAGAGCGGGUUCUGUACAGUCUGUAUGGUAUUGUGGAACACAGUGGCUCGAUGCGAGGAGGCCAUUACACAGCGUACGUCAAAGUCCGAACACCACAACGCAAGUGUGAACAACACCGGAGUCAAUCUGGUUUUAAAGAGGCCGUGUCGGCUGCUCCGGGUCAGUGGGUGUACGUGAGUGACACCAGCGUCCAGACGGUUCCUGAAUCUCGAGUACUGAACUCUCAGGCCUACCUGCUGUUCUAUGAGGAGCUCCUCUAGGGGGUGCCACUACUGAUGGAACACUUCUGUUUUGACAUCAUUGAUGUUCUCUUACGGAUGCAAACAUGAGAUCAAUCAGCUAUAACACACAUCAACACACACACACGACUGACGUGAAUUACACUCAUUAAUAUCAUAUGAAUUAUUAUUAAUUCUCACUGCAGGCUGAUGGGGCGCUAGUGAGAUGCUGUAAUGAGUAGAAAAUAUUCUAAAAUGUAUAAUUAUUUAUAUUUUACAGAUCUUGUUUGUCUGUCCUUAAAUUCUGCUUGUUAAAGAAAUAUUUCAUAUCUUGGGUGAGAAAUACCAAAGACGAUAGGAAGAACAUUUCAGAGGGCGGAGCUGCGGUUCCUCUCGGUUCUGCGCUGGAAACAAGACGCUCAGAACGAAAAUCAGCGACAUGAUACAUCACAUAUUCAUCACACACGAUAUCAUCAUCAGAAUACUAAACCUUGAUCCAGGAGGCAAUCUGAUAAACCCAACAGUCUGAACACACACACACACCUAUUUUAUUUCACACUCCAGAGGAAAUUAAAAUCUCAUCCUGCUUCGUUUGUGUGUGUGUGUGUGAGAGAGAGAGAUGAAAAUGAAGAAUAACCUCAACUGAAAUGAAAAUAUAUCAUCUGCAUCCCGAUCAGAAA